AUCCCCCUUUCCCAGUUUCCCUCUCCUGCCUGUCUGUCUUCGAUCUUUCUUUCUCCGUCUGUCAAUGGACGAUUGAUUCUUCUUCCCGAAUCUGUCACUCCUCUGCAGAUCAGUCCCCCCGCCCCCUUUUGAUUUAUUGCCAUUCUCUUCGUCUUCCCUGAUUCAUUCCUGCUUUGCUUCCAUGUGGUAACUGGUAAGAUCUUUGAUUACCCUUCCCACUGUUUUUCUGCGACCCUUUUUGGGUUUAUUUGUUUCUCAAAUGGUGCACUGUGAUUGAGUUUUGAAUUGGGGUUUUUGAAUGGUGACCAUUUUUCCUCUUUUCUUCUUUUUAUUUUAUUUCGCUGCUCUCUCGGAAAUGGUCAUAGAAACAUAACCGCAGUCCUAACUGGAGAUCCUGAUUCGCCGGCCAUUGUGGCCUUAGGAAUAGGGCUCUGGAAAGCUCUGUAUUUAAGUUAAACUGGAUUCAUUUGGUAGUGUAGAAUUAAGAGAACAAAAGUAGUUGGUUAAUGGUAUUCAAAGAGCCAUGGUUACUGACGAAGAUCGCAUUCAGAAGCUCGAGUUAGGGUUGAAGGGAUCGCAACACAACUUCUGCGAGAUGGCCGAUAGACUGAUGGGAGAACUGCCCGGCUUUGAAAAUGCCAUCAACAAUACCGGUUGCAACUCAACCGUAAUUCAUUUCCCUUGGUUCUUUCUGCAACUGCCGUAGUAGCUAAUGUGUAGAAAACUAUCAAAGUUGGCAGCUUUUAUGCUUGGGAUGAAAAAAAUCUCAUUUGUAUGUGAAGCCCUAACAGUUGUCUGUGAUUGUUUGUUCAUUUUGAUGGUUUUCAUUGUAAUUGAUUGUUUUGCUUUCAGAUGAUGGAGGAGCUUCCAGUUGAAGUGAUUGGGAAUAUCUUGUCUCGACUAGGAGGUGCUAGGGAUGUGGUAAUAGCGUCUGCAACAUGUCGGAAGUGGCGAGAAGCUUGCCGGAGACAUCUUCAUACACUCUCCUUUAACUCCAAUGACUGGCCUGUAUACCAUGAUUUAUCAACUAGUUGUCUGGAGAUACUGAUAACGCAGACUAUAUUCCAGACUACUGGGUUACAAGGGCUGUCUAUUUUGAUGGAAGACGUUGAGGAGUUCUCAGCUUCAGCUGUGAUCGCUUGGCUGAUGUAUACGAGGGAGACCUUGCGCCGAUUGCACUAUAAUGUUCAUACUACCCCAGGAGUUAAUAUUCUUGAACUUUGUGGUAGGCAGAAGCUGGAGACAUUGUUUUUGUCGCAUAACUCGAUCACAGGUGUCGAGCCUAAUUUCCAGAGGUUCCCUUGUCUGAAAUCACUUGCUUUGAGUUAUGUCAGCAUCUCGGCUCUGGACCUUAACCUUUUGCUCACAGCUUGCCCAAAGGUCGAGGUACUGGAACUUGUGAAUCCCGAGAUUGCAAUGUCUGAUGCUCAGGCUACUAUUGAGCUGUGUAGUUCUACUUUGAAGAGUGUCUACAUUGAAGCAAUUAGCUUGGACAAGUUUAUAUUGGAGGCAGACAGCAUCGAGUGUUUGCAUUUGAAGGAUUGUGCCCUUGAGUUAUUUGAGUUGGUGGGGAAGGGGACCUUGAAGCAUUUCAAGCUUGAUGAUGUUAGUCUCAUACAUCUGGAUAUCGGCGAGACAGUUGAUAACCUUGAGAUCGUUGAUAUUAGUAACUUCACAAUUGUUUGGCCCAGGUUCUACCAUAUGAUCUCGAAAUCCUCGAAAUUGAGGAGACUUAGGCUUUGGGAUGUAGUCUUUGACGACGAGGAAGACGUGGUGGAUUUAGAAACUAUUGCCGAUUGCUUUCCACAGCUUAGCCAUUUAUCGCUGAGCUAUGACUUGAAAGAUGCCGUGCUUCAUUAUGGUUUGCACCACGGAAAAUCGAAUCUGGAGAAUGUGGUCGUGUUGGAGCUUGGUUGGACUGUGAUCAACGAUCUCUUUUCACAUUGGGUCGAAGGGUUACUAAAACGGUGCCCAAAUCUGAAGAAGUUGAUUCUCCAUGGAAUCAUUUCAGAGGCCAAAAGCCACGAGGAGUGCCAGAUAUUGUCUGAUUUCUUCUCAUACCUCUUCAAACUCACGAGGAAGUAUACUGCUGUUGAUGUGCAGUUUAAGUUUGAUUAGUCGCAGUGUUCGUUAUUGAUGUUUAAUGGGAUAUUCAAGUUUUGUUUUGCAACGGAAUGAGUCCCAUAAGCGAUUGUGUACAGGUAAAACUUUAUAUCUUUUAGAUCCCCAGCAACCCAUUGAUAACAUUUGCUGUAGUUUUUUCUGUUAUCGCUGGCAGCCCAUGUUUUCUGUUAGUUACUACACAAUGCUGAGUGCAGAUGAAUAUUCUCGAUUGGUUUCUGAACUAUGUUAGUGGAAUGUUUUAAAUGGUUGAUCCUUUGAUAAUGCUUCUCCCUUUCCACACCAUCGAGAGAUCAGAGAUAGACCAAAGCCUUUUCCCCUUUAAGCUGUUUUUGGGCCAACUUACUGGUGUUGCUCUACAGGGCCACCUUAUCAUCCUUUCAUCAACUUAGCCAACUUGUGUUGUGUAUUACAGGUGUUCCUUCUCUCCAUAUAUAGCAUUUUGGCAUCCCAAUUGCAGAAGGAAAUCUAUAAUAUUUCCAUUCUACAUUUAAGAAUGAGAUGAUACAUAUCUCUCUUUCAACAACUUGUAGCCUUUGUUUGCUUUUUUGUCAUCUUGUCAGCAAAUGUGACCAAUGUUGGAUGUAUUAUCCUGAAGCGCGACUCCAUUUGAGACUCUGGAGUCCAACUUCAGUUUAAAUAUAGCCAUUCUAUCUUUAGCAUGAGAACCAGCUGCAAUUUUUUCAGCUGCGAUUAGAUUGAAACAAAGAGAACUUCCAGUCUGCGAUCCAUUACAAUAUUCAAGAUGGCUUUAACGACACUAUGGCUUGUUUAACAAUCUGUCUAUAUACUAUACUAGGGAUUUUAACUAGUCCAUGUAACAUGUGAGGCCUUAAGCUCGUUGAUUAUUGACUGCAGAUAGGACCAAAAUUUUCAUGGAGAUAAAUAUAGCCAUUCUAGCAUUACUGUGGACCAGAAUUUGCUUUUCAGCAGAUGUACUACUCUGAUUGGUAGAAGGCUUCUUCUGCAGAAUUUCUACUCCGAUGAAAGAUGCGUAUCUUCAUGGCUUUUAUUACUUUUUUCUUACCCUGGUAAUUGUCUUUUACCGUGGUAAGAAGAAAAGUUGACUGAUGAAUUUUCCUAGAAUAGAACUCAUGAGAUUGUAUAGUUAAAGAAAAGGAGGAAAACAAAUAUAAAUCGAAGAGGUGCAGAGCAGAAGGCAGGAUUUCCCACACAGGAGUCAGUAUUUCUGCAGAGGCCUGCAGAUUUAAUUUUAUUUUUUGCUUUUGACCCACAAAUUCAAUCACAAAGAAGGGAAUAAAGUCAACUUUUCUGCUGCCUGAAAACCCCAACUCCCUCUGUGCAUGAACCAUUCUUGUGUUCAAAACCCUAUAUUAAAAUUUUUUGCCAAUGUCUCAAGUACCUUAUGUGUGUGCUUUUGGGCUGCCUGCCUCUCCACCAACAAAUGUUUGCAAGAGAAAAAUAACAAAUUUGAACAACUGUCACAUAACAAUCUGACUAUUAUGUUUAAGUAGGACGUUUAGUGCGUGCUGAUAUUGUUGAAUUACUGUCUUACAUAUUUCUAAUUAUGGGAUCGUCACGGUAACACUGAACAGGAACAAGGGAGAGACAGUAAUCCAACGACGCCAACACAAUAGCUAUACUGUUUUGAUAAUGGGACCAAAAGGGAGUAGGCUUUGGAUUUGGAUGGAAGGCAAAGGGAAUUUGGGAAAUGUCUCAUAACAUCUAAUGAUAGAUGAUAUAGCUGUUUUUUGGCAGCUAUAUAGAAGUCUAUUAUUCUCUAGGAUUAUUGCCCUAAACAGUGACCUAAAGUUGCUUUAGAGGAUUAAUAUGAAGGCUGGUUGGUUAAUGAUGUCCAAUUUGAUGCAGCUGUAAGGGACCAUCAUCCAUAUAAUUCAGAUGGAAGAAGGGAGAGGCCAAAAUAACAUAUUCUUGUUUGC